AUGGUGGCGCCCAUCCGCCUUAAGGCUCAACGGGUUCCCUUUGCCCUCUGGGCUUGGGUGGACAUGGAGCUGGACAAGCUGAUCACACAGGGCAUCCUAGAGCCCAUGGAUCACUCCCCUUGGGAAACCCCUAUUGUUUUGCCUUUGAAGUCCGACGAAUCCCUGAGGAUCUGUGUGAACUAUAAGACAACUGUCAACAAGGCCCUAAAAGCUCACCCCUAUCCGGUGCCGGUUGUGCAACACGCGUUGCACUCCUUGGGCCAGGGCAAACUUUUUGCAAAGUUGGACCUGGCCCAAGCAUACCACCAACUGCCUGUGGACGAGGCCACUGCAGUUGCCCAGACCAUAGUGAUACACCGUGGUGCCUUCAAAUGCCUCCCCUUACUGUUCAAUAACAUGGCUCAACAGAGCAAUAUGGCCCCAACAAAACCACAAGAUGAUGGGUCCUUCAUGUCAGAAGACUCUCAGCAUGCUAUCAUCCUUCAGAGUACUAAUGGUGUCUAUGAGGUGACUAGAUUAAAGCCUUUGGGAUACCUAGUUACUAAUGUUGCCAUACCAGAAAAGAAAAUUGGAAGCUACAAAGAUAGAAUCAGUAAGAAGUUAUGUUACUUCCAUUUUCUUCCUUUUCUGCCCUUAGCUCCAGAAUGCUUUCCAGAAGGACAUCGUAUUCUCCAUCAUGCCUAUCGCAGCAUCCAUUUUGAUUCUCUGGAAUUACAGGAAAAAGCUAUUCAGGACAUGAUUUGUGAUCAUUCACUUCCACAAGGGUGGUACCGCUUCAUGAUUGAAAAUAAGCCUGCAGAAAUGCCAACGAAGUGUAUAGAAAUGAACAAAUGUGGAACCCAGGCCCCAAUCUGGCUAUCCCUUCAAUCAGAUUCUCUCCCACGUCCUGGAGAGAGAAAGGCACUGACUGCCUGUGGAACCUGGCAAUUCUUUUCUGGAAGCACCAAAGACUGUUGCCUCUUCCAAUUCCCCAUCUCAGUUAGACACUGUGGGAAGUUCCUUGUUUAUCUCCUGCAACCAACUGAAGGGUGCAUGGGCUAUUGUGCAGAAGAAUCACAGCUCACCUCUUUUGAUCCCGAAAGAACUGAAUCAGAAGACAUCAUUCAAGGGAAAUUCCAGAUUCCAGCUUUAAACCCAGUUGUUACUCCUGAGUUUUGGGGGUCCAAUGUCUACCUAAAAUGCACUUUCAGCAGUCCAACUUCAAAUUGGGCUAUGGGCUAUAGAGUGAUCUGGUCACGGCUUUCUACAUCCAAUGUGAAAGAACAGCUUCAUCAUGACACAACUGGACAGACAUUCUCCUAUGUGGAGAUGGAUGGAAUUAAUUUCAGAUUGGGAGAUACGUUUGUACCAGAAUCUUUACAAAUUGCAGAAGAUGGAAAGGAACAUAUUUUGACAAUCUUAAGUACCAUUCCUAUUACAUGUUUGGCCCAGGAUGACAUCUGUAAAAUUACUUUACAGCUAAGCACUCAGAUUUCUGAUAACUUGCUAGAAAGGACACCGAACAUAGCCCUUUCAACAUGCCAUGUGGAUCUGGAACAAAGGCCCUGUAGAGAAGGCAGCUGUGCAAGAGCAACAUUUGCUGUAAGAGCUGUGAAUGACUUUGUAGAAAACGGAAACUUUAUCAGUUACAUCACAGCCAAGCCAGUUCAGCCAAGUAAAUCUCUGUGGCAUGAUUAUAAGCCCAUGGAUGUCAAGGUCACAGUUCAAGACCUCCCUACAGGUUAUUGCUACUCCUUCACAGAUCCACAUAUAAUCACAUUUGAUGGAUGGCAUUACAAUAACUACAUGGUUGGAACGUUUGUCUUGUACAAGAGCCUUAGCCGUCUGUUUGAGGUGCAUGUACGUCAGUGGGACUGUGCCAGCCACCAUAUCGCCAUCGCCUGUAACUGUGGUGUUGUUGCACUGGAAGAUAAUGAUAUUGUUGUUGUUGACAUGUGCAACAGGCAAUUUCUGGAAACCAAGUCUCAGGUGAUAAUACAAAACAUCAGAGCCUCAUCACAACAAAAUGUCAAAAUCAUGAAGUCCUAUGGAGGAAAAAAAAUCACUAUCUUGUUCCAUUCGGGAGCUUUCAUUCGAGCUGAUCUUAAUGACUGGGGAAUGAGUUUGACAAUAAGGGCACCAAGUAGUGACUUUAACAGAACCAGAGGUUUAUGUGGUACUUUUGACAGAAAUAGUCAGAAUGACUUCCACAGGGCUGAUGGGAGCGCCUUACUUCCUCACCAGAAUAGUACAAUGGAGGAGAAUUUCAUAGAAGCUUGGAGGAUAGCUCCAGGGAUGAGUUUGUUUGACUACAUUCCAUCCUCCUCGAAAUGGCAGAAGACAGAACAUUUCUGUUUAUGUCAGAAGAAGCCUGAACCAUAUUUGCAACCUUUAAAUUCUCUGCAUACUUUUUGGAAUCCUGCCCCACAAUCUUUGGAUUGCUAUGAUGAGAAAAUUUAUUACACUUCCAUAAUUCCAUAUCUAGAUGUCACAUCAGAUUAUGUCAUUUACCUUGAAACAGAUCCUUUAUUAAAUGAUGAGCAAAGUGCUUCUAGUAUCUCUAAUCAUUGGGAAGAUCUCCAAAAAGAAAAAAGGCAAAGGUCUUUGGAAUAUUCACCUAUUUCCGCUUUCCAAAGUCCAACUGACUUUGAAAGUUUUUCAUAUUUUUUCCCAGAAGAUUAUUUUGAAGGGAAGUGGCCUAAAGUUGAGACUACAUGGCCAACUCCAAAUGGCCUGACCUCAGCUGAAGUCUUAAAACAUUGCAAGACAUUGCUUGAAAAUUCUACCAUUGGCUCAGCUUGCAAAGGGUUUCUUGGCAUUCAACUCGAUGUGGCCAUUGAAAUGUGUCUUUCAGAUGUACACAUUAAGGAUGAUCUCAAAUGGGGGGAAUUACUUAUUCCAUUUUUGGAAAACGUCUGUGAAAAAAAGAUCCUUUUAGAAAAUGUAACUGAAUAUUUUCAUUCAACAUAUGAGAUACCUGCUGUCCAUCACAAAAUUAUUACAGCACUGAGAUGUCCCAAUCUCUGUAAUGGCCAUGGACAAUGCACUAUAAGGGGGUGUCAGUGUUUUGAAGGCUACAGUUCCUAUGACUGUAGGAAUGCCAAAGAGCAUUCUGUGGAGAUUACCAGUCUACUCAAUGAAGGCUUCUGUGAUGUAAGAUUUUCCAACUGUAGCAACAUCCAAGUGUAUGGAGUUGGUUUUAAUGAUUCUCCUGAUCUUCACUGUGAAGUCACCAGACUGACUCUUCUCCUCUUAGCUCUGCCCUCUCAAGGAUAUCAUGUUGGUGUAUUUGUGUCCCUCAAACACAGGGAAAGAAUUUCUCAGAUUAUGGAAUUGCCUCCGUCUAUAAUUAUGUGUUAUCACAGUGGUGAAUGGAUAGCCAGAGAACAUGAAAUCACAAAAGCAACAUUUUUGAAUCUGACAGUGGUUGAAUGUUCAAUCCCUCUUCUGAACUUCACAGGAACAGAAAAUCUUCAUUUCAAGAUGGAUAUUGAACCAUAUGCAAGAUGGCAAGUGAAAAUUUCUAAUGAUGGAUUCCGGUACAGCAAUUCAAAAGUUCUGACCUUGUAUGAUGGACUCUGCCAGGAUUGCAAAUUUCAUCAAAAUGGGCUUUGCAAAUUAAAGGAAAAUAUGUGCAAAAUAGAUGGCUUGUGCUAUGCAAAGGGUGAUCUCAGUCUCACCAGCUCUUGUCUUUUUUGUGAGCCAUCAAUUUCCAAAUUUACUUGGUCUAUCAAUGAAAACAACCUGCCACCUGUGUUUCUGGCCCCAUCCAAUCAGCUUCUAACAUUUGCAGGGGAAACUUUUGUUUAUCAGUUGCAAGCAGUAGAUCCUGAGAGAUCAGCCCUGCUUUUUACUUUAGAAACUGGACCUCCAGAAGCCUCCCUCUCUCCUGCUGGCCUUCUCAUUUGGCAGGUCCAUUCUGGAGAAGAGAAGAGUUUUGAAUUCACGGUAUCUGAUGAAUGCAAUGCACAAAGCAGACAUUCAGUGCAGAUUUCAGUGAAGCCUUGUGGCUGCUUGAAUGGUGGAACUUGCAUCACCAACAUUAACUUCCCUCCUGGUGUUGGGGAAUAUCUAUGUAUGUGUCCCAGUGAAUUUGAAGGGGACCGUUGCCAAAACAGCUAUAAUCAUUGUGAAUCAAAUCCAUGUGGUAUUGGUUCUUGUAGUGGUGGAGUAGAGAGCUACGAGUGCAAAUGUCCAGCAGGUUGGAAAGGGCAUACUUGUCAAGAGGAUAUAAAUGAAUGUGAAGCAAAUGCUUGCUUUCCUGAGGUCUCUUGCACAAAUACUAUGGGGUCUUUUGAAUGUGGCAGCUGCCCUAUUGGGAUGAAAGGUGAUGGUAGAAAUUGCAAGUCUGAAGACUUUGCUGACAGAAUAGAAGCUUUCAUUACUGAUCAUCAUAAUAUCAAAGGUGAAUGGAAAACAAGUGAAAGUAAACAGCUUGAGAAAGGCCAAGAAGCAAGGACUUUGUCAGCAAUUAAGUAUGUUAAUACCAGCAAGGUCCAUGGUCAUGCAGGAGUCCUACCAUCUCUUACUAACUGUGCUAAUAGACCUUGUUUUCCUGGAGUGCUGUGUAUUGACCGCAAACCUCCAAAGACUGGAUACUUCUGUGGCCGAUGUCCAAUAGGUCUAUAUGGGAAUGGACGAAUCUGCACAAAAGCAUCUAGACCAGUGUCAAGUUCUGCAAAACGUCUGCCUGUUGUAACUGGGGAAGUCCCUGGGAAAAUCAAAAUCUCCGUUUCCCAAGGUAUUAUAAAGAAUUUACAAGAUAUUGAUUCUGCAUCUUCACAAGAUCAUAUUCCAAAAUUAGAAACAACUUUCCAUACAGCAAGAUAUCCCUUAACUAUUGAUAUUCAAACUCCAUUCAAAGAAAGGGUGGUGCCUCAAUCUUUUACGCCAUCUAUAGGAAAAAUCUUUCCAUUUGGUAAAAUAAAAAAUGGCACCCACGGAGCCUUCCUUCAAAAAAACGAAGCAGGAGCUGCUGAAAAACUUUCAGACUAUAAACUGCAGGUUCAAGUGGAUAUCACAAGGAAUACCUCCACUCAAGACCACAUGGACACAAGGCUGCAUGUUAUUCAACAGAGCCAUACCUCAACCAAUCUGUCACCUUCUGGAAAAUCUCUUGGGAUUUCAGCUACCCAGACUAAUUCUGACCAUGGUUCUAAAGUAAAGUAUUUGACACAGUCUGUGUGGACCACACCAUUGCCGUCACUUUUCCAUUGGAAAACAUCAUUUUCUCUUCAUGUAAAUCAAGGUAGUCAGGCACAAGGGAGCUCUGUGCAGUCAAGAAUUUCAGGAAGGACUGCUUCAUUCAGAAAGCCUUAUGCCUCGGGUGUAAACCAUUUGGUAAUUGAUUGGAGAUCAUUUAAUAAGCGAGUCAACUGUGCAAAUGUGCCUUGUUUCCCUGGUGUGUCCUGUGAAUCAACAAAGCAUCAGACAUUCAAAUGUGGACCCUGCCCCUAUGGAUACAGCGGUGAUGGAAUACAAUGUUAUGCACUUUGCAAUCCACUGUGUGAAAAUGGAGGGACCUGUAUCAGUCACAAUAUCUGUUCCUGUGCAUAUGGAUUUGUUGGUUCAAGAUGUGAAACACUGGUUUGUAAUAAGCAUUGUCACAAUGGUGGGGAAUGUGUAGCACCAGAUGAAUGCCAAUGCAAGGCUGGAUGGAGUGGUCCUUUAUGUGAAACAGCCAUUUGCAAACCCAUUUGCCUAAAUGGUGGGACCUGUAUUCGCCCAAAUAUAUGUGCUUGCCCAUUUGGUUUCUUCGGGCUUCAGUGUCAAUCUGCAUUCUGCAAUCCUCCUUGUAAGAACAAAGGGCUAUGUAUGAGAAACAACCUCUGCUCCUGUAUGGAAGGUUAUGUUGGAGGAAGAUGUCAGAAAAGUAUCUGCAAUCCGAUGUGCAUGCAUGGUGGGAGAUGCAGCAGGCCCAAUGUUUGUGACUGCCCAUUUGGCUGGAAAGGAAAGCAUUGUAGUAUACCUGUGUGUCUACCCAGCUGCACAAAUGGAGGUGAAUGCAUAGGGCCUAACGUUUGCCAGUGCUCAGAAGGAUGGGCAGGUCUCCGAUGCCAAAUACCUCUUUGUGAUCAAAAAUGCCUGUUUGGAGGCCGAUGCAUCCAACCUAAUGUUUGUGCUUGUAGAAGUGGAUACGAUGGUCUUGACUGCGGAAAGAAGAUUUCAGUGUAUAUGGAAUUGAGGUAUAUACAGGACAGAGAAAUGUAA